CUCUCGCGUGGACGAAAGCAGCCAACCUGCCGAUGUGUAGAGCUUGUUAGCGCGUGGGGUAUGGUUGAGGAUACAUCAUUUACCAGUAUUUAGAUUUGUACCGUUUUUCUGUAAUGAGCUUUAAAAUGAAAUAUAUACUCUCAACUCUUUUAAUUCUCCCUGUGGUAUUUUGUGAGUCAAACGUAUAUUUUAAAGAACAAUUUAACGACGGUGAUAAAUGGGAAGAAAGAUGGGUUCAGUCAGAGCACAAAGGCAAAGAAUGGGGAAAGUUCGUGUGUACCGCUGGAAAAUUUUAUGGUGACGAGGAGCUCAAUAAAGGAAUCCAGACAUCUCAGGAUGCAAGAUUUUAUGGUAUAUCAAGUAAGUUUGAUGCUUUCAGCAAUGCAGACAAGACGCUGGUGGUACAGUUCUCGGUAAAACACGAACAGAACAUUGAUUGUGGUGGCGGCUACGUGAAAAUUUUUGAUUGCAGCUUAGAUCAGAAGGAACUUCAUGGAGAGUCCCCUUACCUGCUCAUGUUUGGUCCUGACAUUUGUGGUCCUGGAACCAAGAAAGUUCAUGUUAUAUUUAACUAUAAAGGAAAGAACCUGCUCAUUAACAAGGAUAUUCGAUGCAAAGAUGACGAGUAUACCCACGUGUACACGCUGGUUGUUCGUCCAGACAAUACCUAUGAAGUAAAAAUUGAUAAUGAGAAGGUUGAGAGCGGAGAGCUGGAGAAAGACUGGAAUUUCCUGCCUCCCAAAAAAAUCAAAGAUCCUGAAGCUAAGAAACCUGAAGAUUGGGAUGAUCGGGCCAAGAUUGAUGAUCCUGAUGACACCAAACCUGAGGAUUGGGAUCAGCCAGAAUAUAUCCCCGAUCCUGAUGCUACCAAACCAGAAGACUGGGAUGACGAGAUGGAUGGUGAAUGGGAACCACCAAUGAUAAAUAACCCAAGUUACAAGGGUGAGUGGAAACCACGACAGAUCGAUAACCCUGACUACAAAGGUCCAUGGAUCCACCCUGAAAUUGAUAAUCCAGAAUAUGUACCCGAUUCAAAGUUGUACGAGUACCCAGAGAUCUGUGCUGUUGGGGUCGAUAUUUGGCAGGUCAAAUCUGGAACAAUAUUUGAUGAUGUACUCCUCACCGAUGACCCAGAAUAUGCAAAGAAGUUUGCAGAAGAAACGUGGGGAGCUACAAAGGAUGCUGAAAAGAAAAUGAAGGAAAGCCAGGAUGAAGAGGAAAGAAAGAAGGCUGAAGAAGAAGCCAAACUGGCCAAAGAAAAUGAGGAUGAAGAGGAGGAGGACGAGGAGGAUGAAGAAGAACCUGAAGAAGGAACCGAAACUUCAGAAACAGUUGAGGAAAGUCAUGAACAUGAACACGAGGAGUUGUAAUACAUCGUUGGUGUGGUCAUUCAUUCUCCUAUCCUGUACAUAGGUCAAACAUGGACAUAGCAUAGAAGCUUUAAUGAUAUAAAUGUUUCUCUUCUUCAUCUGGUGAAUAUUUAUCGGUCAUAGACAGACUCCUACAUGUACUUUUAUGCACUUACUUUCUCUGUACUGUGGGAACAAAAGUGUAAAAGAUGCGUGAAUAAAGAAGUUGGUGUUCUCUU